UUGACACUCAAACCAUAACAAAAACCUUACCUUUCGACCCCGCCGGCCACGCAUCCGAAUUCUUCACCCUUCUCAACAACAUUAAAAACUACUUCUCCCAUCAAAUAUGACCGCCCUGCCGAGACUUGGCAAUAUCAAUGCCUCCACCAAUGGCAGCACCACUCAGGCAUGCGCUGCAUGUAAAUACCAACGUAAAAAAUGUGCCCCUGAUUGCCUUCUCGCCCCUUAUUUUCCUCAUGAUCGCCAGAGACAAUUCCUCAACGCUCAUAAAUUGUUUGGCGUCAGUAACAUCACCAAGAUCAUUAAGAAUCUGCAGCCUGCAGAGAAGGAUGAAGCAAUGCGCACCAUUAUUUUCCAGUCUGACGUGCGAGCCAGUGACCCUGUAGGGGGAUGUUAUAGAAUUAUAAGAGAACUUCAACGUCAGAUUGAGUUACACAAGGCUGAGCUGGAUUCGGUCCUUCAUCAAGUGGCCAUUUGCCGGGCACAAGCUCAGCAACAGAUUCAAGAAUCUGAUGAUUCAGGUCUUAGUUAUGAGAACAUAGUCAACUCUGAGUCCUUUUUUAUUAAUCAUAGGCAAUUGGAGAAUGAUAAUUAUGUUGUUCCGAAUAAUAUAGAAGAUGACAUAAAUGUUACGGCAUGGACCAUGCAAGAUCCGACCAUGGAGGUAGUGCCGGUGAUGGAGACGACUCAGCUUGUUGAGAUACCGUAUGAGAGACAUGAGGUAAAGUUUGAGCCUGAUCACGAAUUGGUUGAGAGGAGGUUUGUGCCGUCGACACAGUUGCUUAUAUCAUCCUAGAUUGUGUAAUGGGAAUUGAUGGAAAUCAAUGAAAAUGUAUGAGUAUAUUGGAGAUCAAAUAUUAUAUAGGUCGUCUUGUUGAGGAUAACGGCAUUUGAGGAAGGGGAAGUCAUGUAUGUUCAUCAAUGUUUAAUGAUGUGUUGGAUUUGAUGGCAUGUUUUGUGUUAA